ACACUGUAAGGAAAAAAAAAACACAACAAACAUCCAAGUAAAACCAAACAUGACUUCAAAGUCGAUCAUCUAGUGGCUGUCAUGAAGAUAAGUCCAGUCUUUGAUAUGGACUCUGGAGCAUAGUUCGGCCUCUGCUGUCACAAAGUAGGCAAAGAAAUCUUUUGUUUUGACGAAACUUCCCUUUAAAAACUUCUCGAGUGAAUUCUAACUAUUGGCCAGUACAUCUUCUUAGACUAGAUCUAGUGCUACAAAUGAAGUCUAAUCUAAUAUACUAUGUACAUUUUUUUUCUCGGCCUCUUUUAAAGCAGUUUCAUUGUGUUCAAGUUUAACCCUAAACAAAAACACAAGAGAUAAUUUGAUGCGAUGACAGGAUUAAUACUAUGUGAUGCUGGAAUCUUGCUAUUCUGGGAGCCAAUCAAAUGACAAAGAUUUCUGAAUACUUAGUGAAAUGAUUCAAACUGAGCUUGUAAGAAAUGUUUAAUUUGAGGCUGCAGUUAGCUAUUCCUUAAGGAAUUGGACACGUUAUUAUUUGAUUGUAGAACUUAGCUGCUGCAAUAGACAAUACAAUUAAUUUUCAAGUAGGUCACUAUACAUAUUUCCAACAGAGGAUCAACCUAUUCAGUACCUGAUCGAUUAAAACAAUUUUCGACGUUGAUCGACCACUACUUUGUAUCAGUAGAUGAUCGAAAAUGAAAGAAGAAUUAAAAUACACAUCACAUCAACUUAUCAACCUGUGUCUCCAAAAAGAAAAACUACAAUAGAGUGGACUGUUAAAGUUUGAGUGAUAUAGUACCCAGUUCAUCAGUCGCUAAAAUCAUACUACAGCCAUGUCCAGAUUAAGUCUUAUGUUGCUCAAAAUGUCUCAAUCAGACACAAAAAAAGAAAGAAAGAAAAAAAAAGGAAAAGACAAAAAAGAUUCUGAUGAAAAUGUCGGUGACGAGGGAUCCCCCCCCCUUGAGGUGAGCUCCAGCAAAAAAUUGUCUUUAGAAGCCGAUGCGAUGAACACGGCCCAUAAAGCGAGUACUAGUUCUGUGAAUGAUCAGUUAGAGGAAGGUAAAGUCAAAUCAAUUACAGAGCUUUUAGAAAAAAAAACUGCUACAAGAGUCAGUAGCCAAAACCAACUUGCCAAUAAAUCGGAAGAAGCCAGAAAGACUAUGAUAAAAAGUAGGCUCCAAGCUGGGCAAGCCAGACAAAGAGCAAGAGAUGCGAGUGCAGCUAAAGAUGUGAACAGCGAGCCGAACGGAGAAGAACCUAUGAAGAAUAGAGAAGCUAUUGAGGAAGCACGGAGAGCAAGAAAGAAAGCGAUUCUGGAAAGUCGCAAAAUAUCUGCCAAAAAUAGAGAAGCAGCGACAGAUGAAGCCCAACUAGCAAAUAAUGACGUAGUGAAAACAAGGAGAAAAGCUUCACUAGGAAGAGGCAGAGAUUCUAUAGGUAAUACUGACGCAUUGAAAUACAAUAUUGAAGUAACUAAAGCAACUGAUGAAGUACCUACAGUAACUGAUGAAUUACCUUCAUCCAAUGAUGAAUUCCCUACAAUCGAUGAAGCACUGACAGUCAAUGAUGAAGACUUAACAUCUAAAGACGAUGAGCCUGUAACAAAGGGCGAAAUCUCAUCCAUAAAGAGUGAAAUCUCAUCUCAAACCAGUCCACACUUUGAUAGCCAGAAAGUCAAGACUAAAAACAGUGACGUCAAAACCAGUACCAAGGAAAGCCAAAACAUGUUGAAUGUUAUCAAGGAGGAGCCUAAUACGGAACGCAUUGUUUCAGCCAAAGGAAGCAGAAGUAAUACUCUUACAGACGAUAAAGUGAUGGAUUUAGCGCGGGAAUUGGUGUCGAACACAGCUGAGAGUAUACGUACUUUGAUACAAGAUGAACGACAAAGAAGCUCCGAGGUACAGAGGAUUGAUAGCCAGGCAGAAAAUGUUUCGAAUACAGCAGGGCGAGUCGAGGAACGAGAUCAAGCUGGCGAGACUCAAAACAGUGAAACACUAGCAGACUUUGUUUCCAGGAGUGUACACUCGUUAGUCAGGCUGAGAAAGGAGCAGUCCGCCAUUGAAACACUGGAGACGAUCAAAACGAUCCUUGAAUCAUCGACUUCCUUAGCACAGACAAAGAAAGUCUCAUCGAACAGCGUGGAAGUGCAAACUCAACGGGAACCAGCGUCUAUGCUACACACUCAAGAAGCCACUAAACUUCCCUCUGGUGCUGACGUAUUGACUGCCUUUGUUUCAAACGAGGAUGUGAACAACCAAAGGAAAUUAAACUUGAAUAAUGCGAUGUACUUUGAUGAUUGUUUGAACGUUGACUCUGAGAAAAACAACGACAAAAUGCGGUUUAAAGAAAGUUGUAAACUCAACUGCUCCCUAUGUUCCACCAACAAAUCUCUCUCUAAGGCACGAUGUGUCCCAUGUUUAAGUACAUGCAGAAAUUGUUUUCGACCAGUGAAAGCAAAGAAACAUUUGGCACAAGCCAACGAAGGUCAAUGCUCAACGACCUUUCGCGACAGCUUUGACCUACAGGAAGCGCGUCAAGGUUUCCAGGAACAAAGUUUGAUGAAAUCUAGGUACGUUACAGUUCAAGGCAGUGGCCCACCUAAUUUUACUCAAGUAAGUGGCCCACCCAAUUUUACUCAAGUAAGUGGUCAACCUAACUACGUUCGAGGUAAUGGUCAAUCUAACUGCAUUGAAAGUAAUGGUCAAUCUAACUGCAUUCGAGGUAAUGUUCAGUCUAAAUGCACUAAAGGUUGCGGUUCAACUAACUGUUCUCAAGCGAGUGGUCCUCAUAAUUUUACUCAAGUUAGUAGCCCAUCCAUCUAUGCCCAAAGUAGUAUUCCUCAUAACUUGACUCAAGGUACCUGUCCAACCAACUGUGGUCAAUGUAGAAAUCCAUUAUUUUGUUCACUUAAAAAUCAAAGCAAUCAAAGAAGUCAAAGUCGGGAUGGCCGUACUUCUUCUAUGGACCAACGCAACAUAGUUAGUAAUACCAAUGGAAUCAAUACCAGUAAAAUUGAUGUAAAUAAUAUGAGCCAAGAUCAGGACAAUGCAAUGCAUUGUUACAAUCAAUGUCAUAAUUAUGAAGCAACCCAGUUAAAUCAAGCCCGAAACCAUGAACUGAACUCUGUCAAACAAGGCUUAAAUUAUGAAAUGAAUCAGUCCCUUCCAGAUCAGUGUGUCAGACAAGAACUAAAUUAUGCCACGAAUCAGUCCCUUGGUGUAGAUGAGAACACAAGAAUGGAUGAUGUCCAACAAGGUCAGUCUAACAACGUUCUAGUUAAUCAUCUUAAUCAUUUCGAUGGCCCAAAUAAUGACAAUGUUUUGUACCCAUGUGGAAGACCUCAUGACUGUCCUUCCCCUAACCUGAACAAUACUCCAUGUGGCUGCAGACCAAACACCGAGAAGAAACGCGUAACCUUCAUUCACAAGGACAUCUCGAGAUGCGUUGCUAAAGAUGAAUUCAAUUAUGUCUCUACGGACAAGAUUCAAUUUGCAAGUCAUAUGUCUAGCCAAGAUAUUAGUUAUAAAUCCAAUAACGUUAUUAAGAGUGCACACUUAUUUUCAAAUUUAUUUGGUAAUGGUCAUAACAUGGGCUUUGAUCCAAUAAGAAAAGACAGUCCAAAUACGAUGAAUCCUCUCAGCCCAAUCGUGCCAGCCGUCUGUGUCAGUUCAGGAAGUCAUGUCAUGUAUGUCUCCGAGAAUGCCAGUGAGACGUUGAAACCAAAGGGACAGAGAGCUGACGGCUGUUUUAGACCUCAAACAAGAUCGUCAAUACUUAACAGAGCACAAUCAGGCCAACAAGCUGGAGGGCAGUUUCCGUGUAACUACGAACUGCCAAAUGGUCAUCUCUACGACAGAGCUGAUGAAUGUGAACUGGAAAAUAUCUUUCUCCACGCUAAGGGCUGUAUGAAUAAUGUGCAGAUUUUUGCUGAAGGUGAGGUUCAUAACAUUAAGGUUUUUGCCGAAGGUCAGUUAUCUGAUUUAAAAAUGUAUUCUAACGGUGAUUUAGAGAAUGUUGAAACUUGUACACAGGGGGAGCUCGAGUCGCUGCUGACUUACGAUGACGGGCAAGAAAGAUUAGAGCUUCAACUCAGAGAAGAGACAAAAGACGCGCCUCUCCCAAUGCCUUUCGAUAGACCAGAAAGUUCACAAACCAAGCAAAACGUCCCAGUAUGUUGUGUUGCUAAACACAAAGAAGAUUGGCCUCAAAAAUGUCCCAAGACAUUUGGAAAUUUUAAUAUUAGUUCUAACAAAGGUGGCCCAGGACACGUUCUUCAUUGGAGUAGUUCAAUUGGCCAGGAAGAUUCAAGCGAGGAUAGAUUUGUCUCUAUUAUUGGUGAAAGUGUAAACAGGACAAGUGACCAGGGUUUGAGAAAAGUCAGGCAUUUUCACCACACAAAAGGAAGGUCUCAGGUGAUCGGUAAAAAAGAUGCAGAUCUGGUAGAAAACGUCAAUGCCAUCGGCCGCGACUGUUCUUUAAUACAAAAAUCUAUCAGAAACCAUUCACCCUCUAGUAGCCCAAGAUUUUCAUCAAAACGACGCGCGACUGAUAGGGACAUCGAAUGUUCUAAUGCCGAACGUCUUAGAAUGAGACCUCCGGCGACUAAUGUUGACACAUGGAAACCUGACAGCUCGCCACAGCACUACUCAACAAGUAGCAAGUUUCCUAGCUCCAAACAACUUACACACAGAAAUGUGGACAAGAAAUGUGAUUCAAACACGUGUACACAUGUUGGGGGUGAAAUUGUCUGCACUGAUCCUGGGGGAAAAGAAGAACAUCGCUCCAAAAAUUUCUAUUUGCAUAAAGAGCACACGUUAUGGGCUUCCACUUCCAAGGUUGAAGGUCAGGAUGAUAAAUCUAGAAAACCAAUUUGUGUUUCAGAGGGACAGAGCAAUAGAGAGUGGACAUUAGAUUCUGUAUCUCUAACACACGAGCGCUGCAAAAAAUCUCAAUGUUUGGACACUGUGAAUGCCAAAUUCCCAAAGGUCAACACUACUCAACAAACAGACACAGACAGCGAGCUAGUAGAACUGGCCAACUUAACUCAGUGGGUUCAUGCCAACAAUGAAGGGUUAUUCAAUGAAGCUGAACGCGAAGCUUUACUUUGGCAUCCUAAAUCUGACAUCCAUUAUAAACAGGACUUCAUUGUAGGCCACGCAGACAUUCUUGCACAUUCAGCACCAGCAGAUAGAUGUCAUCUUUUGGGUAGUACACAAGUACAGCCUGAGGAUGUCACAGUAGGAGAUCAAACGCACGAAUCGUUGACGGAAAUUCGAGAAGGUGAUUUUGACACUAAUUUAAAAACAUUACUGGAUAAUGUGAUAUGUCACUUUGACGAGAACGUGACAUCCUUAUUAGACACUAAAGUCAAAGGAUUCCACCAAAAGGUCGAAUCAUUAUUAGAAAUGGAAAUGGAUCGUAUAGAUAAUAAUGUCAAAUCAAUAGUGGACAAUGGUAUCGGAAACAUCCACGCUAAUCUGAAAGCAGCACUUCUUCAAGAGAAUACUAAGGCCAAUGCCGAGAAGAAAUUACUCAACUCGUUUCAUAUAGCUGCUAAGGACCACCACGCCAGUACAGCUAUGGCCACCAAUGAUUACAAAACGUGUCAAAACACUGAAAUUAAACAAGACAAAGGGCAAAUGGAGGCAUUAAACAAAGGGCAGGUUGAGUCUUUGAGUAGAGGGCACCUGGGUACGUUAAAACAAGAGUCAACUCUUUUAACAAGUAAAGAAAAACCUGUUGCCGUGAAUCAAGGACAAGGCGCACUGAGACUAGGUCAGAAUGUAAAUAAAGGUCAAGGACAAGACGCACUGAGACAAGGUCAGAAUGUAAAUAAAGGUCAAGGAUUAACUGGUGCAAUAAAUAAAGGGUAUUGCUCAAAGAACCCUUCAAGCAUCAUUCAAAAAGGCGCUAAUACAAUACAGUCUAACACUCCAGAAUAUCAAUAUCCAUAUGGUAGUGUCCAACUUUGCAAUGUAGAAGCACGUUCUGAUCGAACAUGGUUAGAUCAGCAUUCCAGUCUGUGUCAUACCCCCAGUGGGGCUCAUCAAGCGCAGUUAGACGUAGAUCCAUUUCUAUGUGUUCACCUACCAGCACGACACAAUGAGGAAAAGCAACAAGGGCAGCUACUCCAAACAAAACCUUUCAGCGAAAGAACCUCCAACCAAAUAAAUAAAUAUGGUUUAAAUACUAAGUUGAAUACAAACGAGAAGCCGAAUCUAUUAUAUUGUAGAAACAACAAUCCUGAUGGAACCGAUAGUAAAAGAAACCAAACAAUCUAUAACGUAGCGCCGACAUCAGCUGUCAUAGGAAGAAGACAAGACUGGUCAAGUGAUUUACCAGAAAAAACAAACUUCUUGCCAAAAAAGGAGCCGAAUGCAAUCUGUGAUAGAAAAAGUAGCCAAGUGUAUUGCCACAAUCUCAACGAUAGAAGUAGAACACUGGAGCACAGAGUCCAGCAUGGAAGAGAUCCUCUGAAACAAGAUUCAUGCCUCAGGAAUGAUCCACAGCAAAACAUGGCGAGUCUUCAACAGGAACACAAUUCAAAAUUAGACAAGAAAAAACAUUUCCUAAAUACACUUAACUCGAUAGAUGAGUCCAACGCUUCAACAAGCCGAGAAUUAAUUCUUGAGGAUUUGGACAUUCUCCCAGAUGAUCUAAUAAUGGCACAAUCUGACUCUAGAUCUUUGCUAAAUCAAGACAUGGAAACAAGCGAAGACGUCUCUAACCCGUCUAAUCACAUAAAAGGCAAUGAGUCGUACGCAUUGGGAUCAAAGGGUCUCGAGUCGAAACAUACCGGCUAUCUAAAUCAAAUCAUGAAUCAGACUCACACAAUAACAGGUCAUUUGCACAAUCAGAGUUACCUUCAAGAAACAGAGGAUUGUGUCGGCUACAAGCCACAAGUUUCAAACAAGAAAUUUCUAAGAAGAAAUAGAAACAAGAGGUUAAAGGUCAAAUCGCCCAAAUCCUCUAACGAUUGUGUCGAGAAUAGCUACUCCGAUUACACCGAGGAAACCAGCAACAACAGCGGAGUCAAUGGAGACGGCCACGAGGAGAGAAAGAACGACUUGCUGAGAGAGCAUGACAAAGCCAAUAAUCUAACCCCAGCGGAUGAACAAAUCCUCCAGGAAGCGUCCCAUAAUCCACGCUCAUUAAAAAAGGAAAGAUGUUCUCCAGGGAAAACUGAGAUGCCAAGCAAAGAAGUCUUUCAAGGAUACUGUUCGUGUCUUCAAAACAUUGAGGCAGAUGAACAAUGUUGCUGUGCUAUGCGACAGUGUGCAUCGAUUCAUCCCAAUCAAAACGAUGCUGUGAAAGAAUCAAACAAGCCUCAAGAGGAGAACAAACAGCUGGCACAGGAAGUCAAGCCCGUUUGCCAAUUUACAUUCAUACCUUACGAGUCAGAACCAAGCCGUGAUUCACUUUUGUCAGGAUCAACAAACUUUAUUGAUGGCAGACUUUACAUUGAUGUUUGCAACACAUACCCUUUGAUAUCUUCGUCUUCCCAUCAAUUUGAGAAUGAGUACAAACAAGAGCCAGUUACAGAUAAGUUAGUCUGUGACAUGGGGACACCCCAGGCUCUGUCUUGUGACUAUGAAUUGCUCAGUCCGGACACAUGUGAGAAGCCAUGUUAUAAGUCAGACGAAAUAUCGGAAAGAUGUGAAUGUCAUUCUCAGAAUAGCAAACAAAAAACUAAAACUGACAUAAGAAGUAGCUCUAAAUUAGAUAAAAAUGUACUCGGCAAAAUAUGUCAAAUCAACAAAUUAUGUAACUACAAACUAUCCAACGAGUGCAAGAAUCCGGAAUCAACAUGUGUUGAUAAACAAAACCAACAUGUGCAGAAUGUCGGCUCUGUGAAACCUUCCGACGGCUGCAAGAGACAGACUCGAGAUGCUGAAUGCAUUUAUCCCGACAUCGCUGAAAAUCUUCAAUGUGAAUCUGAGGACGCGAACUCAGAGCGUAAACUUUUGAACGACGUCGUUUCAAAUGAUUCUAGUGAUUGCCCUACAGUGCCAACAUCCAAAGUGGAUGCUUGUACAGAUGUCAAGGACCUUCCAUCAAUGGAAGUGUCUAGCUGCCACGUCAGCUGUAAUGUAUGUGAAGAUUUCAAAGAAUUGUUGCAGGAAUCUUCAAGCAAUGAAGAAACGGAGUCCUGCACAGUAAGCUCUGUUGGAACGGUCCACAGAUCCACAGAGCCAGCUCAGAGAUCGAAACAUUUCAAAACGUUCUCCAGACCCACCUGGAAAAAGCACGUUCAACUCAGUGACGGCGAUGAUGACGGAUCGCUUAGUCCCAACCGCUACUGUAAACACCAAAAAGAUGACAAAAAGCGCACCACUGAUAGAGGCUUUAGAAUAGAGGACGACAUGCUAGUGUACGGCAGUCGAACGGCCAAAGUCAGAAUGGCUGGCAAUGAGACUGAUUAUGAGAGGUAUCGGAAACAUUUGCAUGGGUCCUUGACCCACUUAGACAACACCAGGGGAGAUUCCCCGUGCAACGAUGAGCGAACCACUGCCAGUGAUUUUAGUGGGGAGGAAGACAACCAGGAGCCAGUCGGGCGGUGUAUGCGUUGCAAACGUGCCUUGAACCUAGAAGCCAGUGAUGACACGGACGAUUACAUGCCCAAACGAAGUCGAAGUUUAGACUUUGAACGUUACCAAAACUGCCGGGCUAAACAAAAUACAUGUUCCGAAAGAGACAAUUAUUGCUAUGAAGUAGACAGUGAGUUUAAUGUGCCUAGUCUCACGGAAUGUUGCAUGAAACAUUCGAGGUACAAAAAGUACUCAAAAACUAAUCAAAGGCGUUCUCAUGGUCAGAGUGUCACAAAAUACCAAAGAGACAGACGUGAAGACAGCUACGAAAAUGAAUAUGGUGCAGAUCCAACCGAAGUCAUGUAUGUCAGAUGUGAGAGCCCAAAGCCUAGCCACUACGUAGACGAGAUAGGUUUCGUCAAGGAGAAACGAGGACAUUCCAGAAGUCCAGCCAGGCAACACAGGGAGUAUGUGGAGCCCGAGAAGGUAUGCAGGAGUCAGCGCACUUGCGAUUGCAACGAGGACCAUGAGGAGAGCUUUGCGAACGAUCACUACAAAGGGUAUCCAGUUAGUCACAGAAGCAUGUAUGCAGGGAAGGCCGAGUCUAGAGAUCCUACUUACCACCGGAUGGAAGAAAAUGAGGAGAACUGCGCUACAAAAAUGCAGUCUCAAUCCCCCUAUCAGAGCGACUUCUCUACUGAAAGAAGUGAUCGCUUCUAUUACAAUGACAAGUCAGCAUCAGCCAGUAAGGCUAGAAGUCACCCAAUGGCUGGGUUCAAAGCCCAAGCGGAGGUUCCAAAGCAGAACUCGUUGCUACCAGAGGACACCUCCAAGGUCGUAUACGCCCCAAUAAGUCCUCGAGGGCAAGCCAAGCUUUGCUUAUCUCAAACGCCCCAAUGGUCACCAAAUGACACAAAGCGGUCAUCAAACUGCUGCCAGGGACUUUUCCGGAAUCAGAGUGGCUAUCAAAUGCUUGGCGUCUACAAGGAAGUCGACGAAAGAUCAAAUAGCUCGAAAGUUCCACAACAAUAUCAACACUAUCCUGAUAGUUCUCAACGUAUCCCUCGAGGAUGUUUUAUGAAUAGAGAAGAAGAGCGUGAAACUUAAAGGUUGAGUAAAAGCUUCAAGUCAUCUCUAACCAUCACCAAGCUUGCUGUUCUUUCAAGUUAACUAAUCAGUGUUGAGCGUUGGUUUGAAAACAUUGCACAUUCUCACUAAGUCAAUAAUGUUAAAAAGGGGACAUUUUAGAUUUCUAAACAUGUUGAUGCAAAACAGAGAUUUUAACAUGAAUGAAAUCAUUGAAUAAACAAAUAUCCCACCCCUUCCCUCUCGUUUCUUUACUGGAAAAGAAUUUACUGUUAGCAGCCAAACUUCAAACUUCUCAACGUGAUUUGCUCAAAGUUGGCAGGCUGUUCAUUUCCUGAAGAAAUACAAUUUGUUUCGUUAAGUGAAUCUAUUCUAUAUUUGCGAUAGAUAUUUAGUGGAUAUAUACAGUGGACCAAUUAAGUUAAUGUUUAGAAUGAAACUUUACAAUAGCCUGUUCAACUUCAUAGUUGUUCCAUUCAGUAAAUCGUAUUACCUCUCAAUUUGUCUUCUCUUUUUUUUUCCAUUGUACAUUUGAACUGACUCCACCAAAGAAGCAGAUACUAAAUGAGGCAAGCUCCUAAACUGACUCCGUCAAAGAUGCAGAUACUAAUGAGGCAAGCUCCUAAACUGACUCCGUCAAAGAUGCAGAUACUAAUGAGGCAAGCUCCUAAACUGACUCUCCACCAAAGAAGCAGAUACUAAUGAGGCAAGCUCCUAAACUGACUCCGUCAAAGAUGGAGAUACUAAAUGAGGCAAGCUCCUAAACUGACUCCACCAAAGAAGCAGAUACUAAAUGAGGCAAGCUCCUAAACUGACUCCGUCAAAGAUGGAGAUACUAAAUGAGGCAAGCUCCUAAACUGACUCCACCAAAGAAGCAGAUACUAAAUGAGGCAAGCUCCUAAACUGACUCCACCAAAGAAGCAGAUACUAAAUGAGGCAAGCUCCUAAACUGACUCCGUCAAAGAUGCAGAUACUAAUGAGGCAAGCUCCUAAACUGACUCUCCACCAAAGAAGCAGAUACUAAUGAGGCAAGCUCCUAAACUGACUCCGUCAAAGAUGGAGAUACUAAAUGAGGCAAGCUCCUAAACUGACUCCACCAAAGAAGCAGAUACUAAAUGAGGCAAGCUCCUAAACUGACUCCGUCAAAGAUGGAGAUACUAAAUGAGGCAAGCUCCUAAACUGACUCCACCAAAGAAGCAGAUACUAAAUGAGGCAAGCUCCUAAACUGACUCCACCAAAGAAGCAGAUACUAAAUGAGGCAAGCUCCUAAACUGACUCCACCAAAGAAGCAGAUACUAAAUGAGGCAAGCUCCUAAACUGACUCCGUCAAAGAUGCAGAUACUAAAUGAGGCAAGCUCCUAAACUGACUCCGUCAAAGAUGCAGAUACUAAAUGAGGCAAGCUCCUAAACUGACUCCGUCAAAGAUGCAGAUACUAAAUGAGGCAAGCUCCUAAACUGACUCCGUCAAAGAUGCAGAUACUAAAUGAGGCAAGCUCCUAAACUGACUCCGUCAAAGAUGCAGAUACUAAAUGAGGCAAGCUCCUAAACUGACUCCACCAAAGAAGCAGAUACUAAAUGAGGCAAGCUCCUAAACUGACUCCGUCAAAGAUGCAGAUACUAAAUGAGGCAAGCUCCUAAACUGACUCCGUCAAAGAUGCAGAUACUAAAUGAGGCAAGCUCCUAAACUGACUCCACCAAAGAAGCAGAUACUAAAUGAGGCAAGCUCCUAAACUGACUCCGUCAAAGAUGCAGAUACUAAUGAGGCAAGCUCCUAAACUGACUCCGUCAAAGAUGCAGAUACUAAUGAGGCAAGCUCCUAAACUGACUCUCCACCAAAGAUGCAGAUACUAAAUGAGGCAAGCUCCUAAACUGACUCCGUCAAAGAUGCAGAUACUAAUGAGGCAAGCUCCUAAACUGACUCUCCACCAAAGAUGCAGAUACUAAUGAGGCAAGCUCCUAAACUGACUCCGUCAAAGAUGCAGAUACUAAAUGAGGCAAGCUCCUAAACUGACUCCGUCAAAGAUGCAGAUACUAAAUGAGGCAAGCUCCUAAACUGACUCCACCAAAGAAGCAGAUACUAAAUGAGGCAAGCUCCUAAACUGACUCCGUCAAAGAUGCAGAUACUAAAUGAGGCAAGCUCCUAAACUGACUCCGUCAAAGAUGCAGAUACUAAAUGAGGCAAGCUCCUAAACUGACUCCACCAAAGAAGCAGAUACUAAAUGAGGCAAGCUCCUAAACUGACUCCGUCAAAGAUGCAGAUACUAAUGAGGCAAGCUCCUAAACUGACUCCGUCAAAGAUGCAGAUACUAAUGAGGCAAGCUCCUAAACUGACUCUCCACCAAAGAUGCAGAUACUAAAUGAGGCAAGCUCCUAAACUGACUCCGUCAAAGAUGCAGAUACUAAUGAGGCAAGCUCCUAAACUGACUCUCCACCAAAGAUGCAGAUACUAAUGAGGCAAGCUCCUAAACUGACUCUCCACCAAAGAUGCAGAUACUAAUGAGGCAAGCUCCUAAACUGACUCUCCACCAAAGAUGCAGAUACUAAUGAGGCAAGCUCCUAAACUGACUCCGUCAAAGAUGCAGAUACUAAUGAGGCAAGCUCCUAAACUGACUCUCCACCAAAGAAGCAGAUACUAAUGAGGCAAGCUCCUAAACUGACUCUCCACCAUAGAAGCAGAUACUAAAUGAAACAAGAUCCUAAAGUGACUCCACUAAAGAAGCAGAUACUAAAUGAAACAAGAUCCUAAACUAACUUCACAAAAGAAGCAGAUACUAAAUGAAACAAGAUCCUAAACUGACUCCACCAAAGAAGUAAAUACUAAUGAAACAAAUUCCUUAACUGACUCCACCAAAGAAGCAGAUACUGUAUGAAUCACGAUCAGUCUUUUCGUCCCUGAAAAAUGUUUUUGCUUUCCAUUGAUUUAGUUCCCUGCUUUCUAAAUGUUCCUGGAUCUGAAGGUGAUCUAAAACAGAAAAAAAAAUUUGAAUGAAUACAUUUUGUCAUUUGUCAACGAAUAGAGGUCUUUAACGUU